AUGGCGACCAAAGCCAAGAUCAACCCCCUCAAUGGGGUUCAUACCGCGGGCAUCUUUGCCGACAUGACCGUCGAUGGGCCUAUUGUCGGAACCCUCGUUGCUAUCGUCGAUCGAGCAAAGAACCUGCCCAACCGAAAGACCAUCGGCAAGCAGGACCCCUACUGUGCUGCCAGGCUAGGCAAGGAGGCAAAGAAGACUACGACUGAUGUCCGCGGCGGACAGACGCCGAAAUGGGACCAGGAACUCCGGUUCACCGUCCACGACUCCCCCGAUUACUACCAGCUCAAGAUCUCCGUCUUUGCCGAAGAUAAGAAGACCGACCUGAUCGGCGAAUCGUGGAUUGACCUCAGAGGCAUCAUCAUCCCCGGCGGCGGCCAGAGAGAUGUUUGGCAGACCCUCAGCUGCCGAGGAAAAUACGCCGGCGAGAUCAGAAUCGAAAUCACCUACUACGACUCACGGCCCAAACCCGAGAAGCCUGUAGCAGUGAAGCCCAAGCAGUCCGCUUCUGCCGAGUCAGAGCACGGCUCCGUCAAGCAGAGGACCCCUGUGAAAAGGCGCCCUCUACCAUCUGACCCCGUCACCGGCGAAGCGCCUCCUGCCCCAGCCGCAAUAGCUGCCCCUCCAGCGCCCGAACAAAACACCCCGCCACCUCGGGCACAUGCCAAACAGGCCUCCCAAGGAAAUUUCGUUGCCAAUCAAUCGCCGCUGCAGGCGGUCGAAUAUCACACACCACCCUCGCAUCGAACCCGUCACCCAGAGCAUCACUCCCCGUCGCCUCAUGGAGGGACCCCGCAGGAGUAUGUCACCCCCACGCGCAAUGAGGCGCCUCGAGAGGUACCACGUGGGGCUCGCCGUUCGAUGAACCCUUCGUACGAGGCAUCCCCACGACAUCUCGAAGAUCGGGAUUACAGCCCAAAAUACCCCAGUCAACAGCCGGAGCAGAUGGAUCAUCGGGGCCAGUUUGCCCCUCCGCAAGAUGUCUACGACGCACCGCCUAUGGAUGACCCUAGACAGUUCCCCCCUAUGGAAGAGGAACGUCCACCACCGCCACCGGCGCAUCGAAGCAGACACAACAGCGGAGGCCAGGAGCUUGUGCCUAGAAACACCUUCGAUGCGUCGCCGCCCAAGCCCUCGCACCCCAUGAGGCAUGAUGUUUUGAGGAGCGAAGCUCACAGACACUCGAUGCCAUCAUACCCGGGUCGACCAACAUUUCGAGGCUACGACUCGGCCCCCUCGACUGCGCUUGUGGCUCAGAAUUACGAUACUUCGCCCAGGCAUAGUUCCUACGACGCGAACUAUGAUCCUCAUUACCGAUCCAUGCAACCCACCGUGGAGGACGUACCGGAGCACCCGAAUAACUACAGGCAAAGUCGGAUCCAACAGCAAGACGAGCUGUUUGAUAAGGUUCCGAGCCCGGCUCCUCUCAACCUGAGUCGAUCACCAGGUGGCUCUCCAUUCCGAGAGGAUUAUUCGCCCUCGCAGCAAGCCCAUGAAUACCAAGACCAGAAUCCAUAUCAAAUGGUUGCUGUAUCUAAAUCCCGUGACCGUGGCUUCUCUCGGAGCUCGGGGCAUGAUCAGGAUUAUCAAAUGGUCGCUGCGUCUCCAUCCCAUGGUCGUGACUACUCACGAAGCCCUGGACAGGACCAGAAUUCUUAUCAAAUGGUGGCCGCAUCUCCAUCCCAUGGCCGAGACUACUCUCGAAGCCCAGGUCAGGAUCAGAACUCAUACCAAAUGGUAGCUGCAUCCCCGUCGCAUGGCCGAGACUACUCUCGAAGUCCGGGGCACGAGCAGAAUCAGUACCAGAUCGUCCCUCAUCAUUCCUCCGUCCAUGCUCGGGAGAUUUCUAAAAGCCCGGGCCAAAUCUCGUACAAUUCGCAUAGCAGCCAGAGUCAACAUUCAGGUCACAGAAUGGAACUGGAAACGCGGCAAAUACAAAGCUCAUCCAGUCAUGGAAUGCCUGGGAUGCCAGCAUCUCUCGUCCCAGGGCUAGACCCAAGCCUCUCGCAGGAGGUAACGGAUCUCAUCUACGAAGAUCGCCGCGGGCGACAUCACUCACAGAGUGUGUCAACGCCUCCACGAGGCCGCGCACGAACCGAGUCCUACCAAGGAUACGGCGAUCAAGGAUAUGGUGAUUCCCCGGACGCUUCUCAGAGCUAUGCCCUAACGAAAUACGAUCGACGUGCUAUCGCGUACAAUACUGGAUCCGAGCAACCGGUGACGCACUCUCGAGGCAUAUCCCCUGAUCCUCGGACCAGUCCCGAUCCCCGAACCAGCCCCAACCCCCAGCACACGAUCCGACGGAAGUCGGUCAGUCCCAUUCCCCCUCCAACAGAGGCCAGGAGGUUAUCUGCAAUUCCAUUCGGACCCGACUCGUACGAUGAGCUGAAUCCCAGCCUUGUAUCCUCCAGGGAUGGGACUAGCCCUGCGCCGGAUUUCAUGAAAACGGAGCCGAAAAAGAUCAUUACUUAUGAUGGACGGGAAGUUGACCCUUCUGACCACUUACCUAUCGAGUCAUGGGCGCCGGAGCCGGAGGCGAAGCAGCAGGAUCAACCGGAGCCACGAUCAAGGCCGGCCCUCUCCGGAGCGCAGCCUCUCCCACCCAGCACUCGGAGGAUUCCUCGAUCUGGUCGACAUUCGAUGUCGGCUACUCUGCCCUACGGUACUCCCGAUGAGCCUCGCACACCCCCUGCGAGCGCAGGCCGGACUCGCCUUCAAAAGCGCAAUCCAGCUUCUGCGGGGCCGUCUCCGGCGGCGGUCAGCCCUCUGGCACCAAUUUCCCCAGAUAAUUACCAACACAGGCAGAGCUCAUACACCCCAACCCGAGGUCUGCCACGUGCAAGUACCUGGGACCAACAAAAUGAGAAUCGAGCACCGCAAUAUGGCUCUGGGCCCCCGGUUCCGGCGAAAGUGCCACUUCCGCUUAUGAGCGGAGCAAUCGGUGGUGGCAACGAGCUCGCAUUGAUGGAGGAAAUGCAAAACAUUGACAUUGGGACGGGUAGAUCACGACGAAGAGGCGGUUAUUGA